AUGAUGAAAACACAAUUUCGUUUCUGUUUUUAUUUUUAUUGUGACUAUAUUAUAUUACCUACGUCUAUCUAUCAUUCUAUAUUUCUUUCUGUUCAUAUCUAUCUAUCUAUCUAUCUAUCAUUCUAUAUUUCUUUUUGUUCAUAUCGCUCUAUCUAUCAUUCUAUAUUUCUUUCUGUUCAUACUUACUUAUCUAUCUAUCAUUCUAUAUUUCUUUUUGUUCAUAUCUAUCUAUCUAUCAUUAUUUCUUUCUGUUCAUAUCUAUCUAUCUAUCAUUAUUUCUUUCUGUUCAUAUCUAUCUAUCUAUCUAUCUAUCUAUCAUUCUAUAUUUCUUUCUGUUCAUAUCUAUCUAUCUAUCUAUCUAUCAUUCUAUAUUUCUUUUUGUUCAUAUCUAUCUAUCUCUAUCUAUCUAUCAUUCUAUAUUUCUUUUUGUUCAUACCUAUCUAUCUAUCAUUCUAUCUAUCUAUCAUUCUAUAUUUCUUUUUGUUCAUAUCUAUCUAUCUCUAUCUAUCUAUCAUUCUAUAUUUCUUUUUGUUCAUAUCUAUCUAUCUCUAUCUAUCUAUCAUUCUAUAUUUCUUUUUGUUCAUACCUAUCUAUCAUUCUAUCUAUCUAUCAUUCUAUAUUUCUUUUUGUUCAUACCUAUCUAUCUAUCAUUCUAUAUUUCUUUUUGUUCAUAUCUAUCUAUCUAUCAUUCUAUAUUUCUUUUUGUUCAUAUCUAUCUAUCUAUCAUUCUAUAUUUCUUUCUGUUCAUAUCUAUCUAUCAUUCUAUAUUUCUUUCUGUUCAUAUCUAUCUAUCAUUCUAUAUUUCUUUUUGUUCAUAUCUAUCUAUCUAUCAUUCUAUAUUUCUUUCUGUUCAUAUCUAUCUAUCUAUCUAUCAUUCUAUAUUUCUUUCUGUUCAUAUCUAUCUAUCUAUCUAUCAUUCUAUAUUUCUUUCUGUUCAUAUCUAUCUAUCUAUCAUUCUAUAUUUCGUUCUGUUCAUAUCUAUCUAUCUAUCAUUCUAUAUUUCGUUCUGUUCAUAUCUAUCUAUCAUUCUAUAUUUCGUUCUGUUCAUAUCUAUCUAUCUAUCAUUCUAUAUUUCGUUCUGUUCAUAUCUAUCUAUCUAUCAUUCUAUAUUUCUUUCUGUUCAUAUCUAUCUAUCUAUCAUUCUAUAUUUCUUUUUGUUCAUACCUAUCUAUCAUUCUAUCUAUCUAUCAUUCUAUAUUUCUUUUUGUUCAUAUCUAUCUAUCUAUCAUUCUAUAUUUCUUUUUGUUCAUAUCUAUCUAUCUAUCAUUCUAUAUUUCUUUUUGUUCAUAUCUAUCUAUCUAUCAUUCUAUAUUUCUUUCUGUUCAUAUCUAUCUAUCUAUCAUUCUAUAUUUCUUUUUCACAUAUCUAUCUAUCUAUCAUUCUAUAUUUCUUUCUAUUUCAUAUUCAUCUAUCUAUCAUUCUAUAUUUCUUUCUGUUUCAUAUCUAUCAUUCUAUAUUUCUUUCUGUUCAUAUCAUUCAUCUAUCAUUCUAUAUUUCUUUUGUUCAUUCUAUCUAUCUAUCUUUCAUUCUAUAUUUCUUUCUGUUCAUAUCUAUCUAUCUAUCUAUCAUUCUAUAUUUUUUUUAUUCAUAUCUAUCUAUCUAUCAUUCUAUAUUUCUUCUGUUCAUAUCUAUCUAUCUAUCAUUCUAUAUUUCGUUCUGUUUAUAUUUAUCUAUCAUUCUAUAUUUCGUUCUGUUCAUAUCUAUUUAUCUAUCAUUUCUAUAUUUCUUUCUGUUCAUAUCUAUUUUAUCUAUCAUUCUAUAUUUCUUUUUAUUCUAUCUAUCUAUCUAUCAUUCUAUUUUCCUUUCUGUUCAUAUCUAUCUAUCUAUCUAUCUAUCAUUCUAUAUUUCUUUCUGUUCAUAUCUAUCUAUCUAUCAUUCUAUAUUUCGUUCUGUUCAUAUCUAUCUAUCUAUCUAUCAUUCUAUAUUUCUUUCUGUUCAUAUCUAUCAUUCUAUAUUUCUUUCUGUUCAUAUCUAUCUAUCAUUCUAUAUUUCUUUCUGUUCAUAUCUAUCUAUCUAUCAUUCUAUAUUCUUUCUGUUCAUAUCUAUCUAUCUAUCAUUCUAUAUUUCUUUCUGUUCAUAUCUAUCUAUCUAUCUAUCUAUCUAUUUCUUUCACAUAGCUCUCUUUCAAUUUACAUCUGUUCAUACUAUCUUUCUACUUUUUUUCUGUUUUUAUAUCUAUAUCUAUCUUUCUUUCUGUUCGUAUCUAUUUUUCUGUUCAUAUCUAUUUCAUUUUGUUCCAAUCUAUCGAUCUAUCUAUUUUUUGUUCAUAUCGAUUUCUUUCUGUUUAUAUCUAUCUGUUUCUGUUCAUCUAUCUCUGUUCAUAUCUAUCUAUCUAUCUAUCUAUCUAUCUCUGUUCAUAUCUAUCUUUUUAUUUCUUAUAAAUCGUUUUUUUUUCUAUUCAAAUCUACCUAUGGACCUAACGAGGAGGUUGAAAUGAUCAACAUUGUGUCAGUGAUUGAGAUUUGA